AAGCUACAUCCUGUUUCCACGGAAACACGCUGACCCGGAAGUACUCCAUUUUCCGCGGGUCUUUUGGGACAAUAACACAGUGUGCAGAAAUGGCGGACGUAAAUGCGAUGGAGAAGAAACUGGCUGAAUACAAGUGUGACACAAAUGAAGCGAUCUGCCUGAAGUUAGUUCGAUUUCAAGAUGAUCUUGAUGAUGACGGUACCACUUUCCAUCCGGAAUACAGCCACCAAGUAUUUGGCGAUGACGAGGUUGCUUUUGGAUACAAAGGUCUUCAGAUCCAGCUUUUCUACACUGCUGGAAACCUGAGCACCCUCUUCAAAGUGAAAUACUCGUCAAAAGUUACCGACACGUUUGAUUGUGUUGAGGCCGACAACGUUGAAGGGAAGAUCCGGGAAAUCAUCCCCGCCGGUUUCACCUGCAACUCCGACGACUUCGUCUCGCUGCUGGAGAAGGAGGCCAACUUCAAGCCCUUCGGCACCGUGCUUCACUCGUACACGGUCCACAACGAGGAGGGAGAGGAGCUCACCUACCAGAUCCACAAGGCUGAGAUCAGCUGCCCGGGAUUCCAAGAGUACCACGAGCGCCUGCAGACCUUCCUCAUGUGGUUCAUCGAGACCGCCAGUUUCCUGGAAGUAGACGACGAUCGUUGGGACUUCUUUCUUGUAUUUGAAAAGUACAAUAAAGACGGGGAGACUCUCUACGCUACUGUUGGCUACAUGACAGUUUAUAAUUACUACGUAUACCCAGACAAAACCCGACCACGUGUAAGCCAGAUGCUCAUCCUGCCUCCUUUCCAAGGAGAGGGUCACGGCGCUCAGCUCCUGGAGGCGGUGCACAGGUUCUACUGCGGCCUGCCCAAAGUGCAGGACAUCACGGCUGAAGACCCCUCUGAGAACUACGUGAAGCUGAGAGACUACGUGCUGACCAAGCUCUGCCAGAACCUGCCGUCCUUCGACGCAGACAAGCUGCACCUCGGCUUCUCCGCCGACAUGAUCAAGGAGGCCCAGGAAAAGCUGAAAAUCAACAAGAAACACGCGAGGCGGGUGUACGAAAUCCUGCGUCUGCGAGCAACAGACAUGAGCGACGAAGAAAAAGCCCGAGCGUACCGGCUAGAGGUGAAGAAGAGGCUCUUUGGACCCUACAGGAAAAACCAGAGGGAGCUGGCGAAGAUGAGGAAGUGCCUACGGCCGGAGGAGCUGGUGUCCCACAUGGGUCAGCUGGACACUCAGGCGCAGCAGGAGGAGCUGGAGAAGAGCUACCAGCUCGCCCUGGAAGAUUACAGGAGAGUCCUCGAGAGGCUAGCGUCUCAGGCCUGAUCCCACCGAGACUUUCCUGCUGGCCCAGAGUCCGGUCUGUACAGAAGCCCCUCGUCGCCGUCGGACUCGCCCUGCAGCCGAGACGAGGCCGUUUGAGUCUACCGCAGAUCUGUCGAGGCUGGAGAAAGGCUGCGACAGCACAGCUCCGUUUGGUCCGCCAGCCGAUGUUUAAAUGCCAGAAGAGGUCAUUGAUUCAGACGGGGCUGUGCCUCCCUGUCUCUUCCAUGUGUUUUAAUCACAUUGUGUGAAAUUAAAAUGAUCUGUAAUAGUUUCACCAGGAUUCACAGCUUCACUGUUGUUCAGAUAAACCCGGUUUAGUCCCCGUUACUUCCCAAGCCUCUGCUGUCUGCUGUUUCAGGUCUUUUUUUAAGGCACUUCAUUGUAAAGAAAAUGAAAUAGUGUUUUGUAUGUUGUUCAAAUGGAGGGUGAUUCUUAAGAAAACAAAUAAAACCGAGUAACUGAAUUUGC